AUGUUGGAAAUUAAACCUGAAAUAAAAAAUCGUAUUAUGACUCAUGAUCGAUCAAUUGUUGCUGCACGAUAUAUUAUUAAACAAAAACAAGUGAUGAUUGUUUGUCAAGGUGGUGAUGUUAGUUUUUGGUCAUUAGAGGGACAAAAAACUAAACGAUUUAGUGAACAAAAAGCUGGAGAACAUUUUGAUACAACUUGUUUAGGUUUUGAUGAAUUUGGUGAAAAAUUUUAUACUGGUGGAAGUGAUGGAAAAAUUCGCAUUUGGAAUUAUAAUGGUCGAGUUUUGCAAACAUUAGAUGCCGGUAAAGGUACGGCAGUAGAAAUAACACAAAUAGAAGCAUUAAAACGACGUAUUGUUGCUGUUGGAUGGAGCAAAUAUUUGACUGUUUUUCGUGAUUUACAACAAGUUGAAGGACGACCAAGUAUUCCAACAGAAUGGAAAGGUGAAAAAGAUAAAACAGAAGGGCAUGAUGAUGAUAUAGUAUGCAUGGCUGUAACAUCACUUUUUCCUCAAUUACUUGCAUCGGGCAGUACUGAUGGUGAUAUAUGUAUAUGGAAUACAUCAUCAGAAUUAUUUGUUCGUCGUCUUGAUCAACGAAAACGCCAUCCAAAUAAUACUCAAGCAAAAUUACAAGAUAAUGCAGCUGAUUUUGCUAUUACAAUGUUAAGAUUUCUUGAUAAACGCAUGGCUAUGAGCACAAAUAAUAAUUUAACAGGUGCUAAUUUAUUAUCAUGUGGUGGUAUAGGCUUUGUUCGCUUUUGGAAUGUGCAUACAGGAAAGAUUUUAAGCGAAUUUCAAGCACAUACUGAUGUUUCAAGUGUUAUAAUGGAAAUUGACAUACAUAAUAAAUAUUUAGGAACAGGUGAUGUUAAUGGUCUUGUUAAACUAUGGGAUAUAGAACAAUAUUGUCUUCAAGUUGAUUCAACAACGGUUGGGAAAAGUUUACCACCUUUACUUGCACAAUUUACUUCACAUUCAGAUUCUAUUACAUGUAUUGAUUUCUUAGAAAAAGAUGAACGCAUAUUUGUAUUAACAUCAUCAUCGGAUUGUAGUGUUGUUUUAUCAGAUAUAAAUGGAAAUCCCUAUGGUACAUUUGGACAACCAAAUCAAUGGCGUUUAGAUAUGGAUUUAUCAAAAACACACGAUGAAAACUCACAAACAGAUCGAAAUAAAGGUGAUGAUGAAUCUCAAGAAAAUUCUAGGCAAAACGGUGAAGAAUCUCGAUCAGUAUUAAGUCAAGAUAUUGAUGAUAUGCCGUCAGUAACAGAUGAAAACAUGUUAACAAGACGAUCAAAUGUUUGGGAAUCAACUUCAAUUGGUGUAACCUAUCAAGAAAAACGAACCAAUCGAAGACAACGUAAUCAACCAAGUUUAAUUACGAAAAAAGAUUACUUAUUAUGGGAAAAAACAGGUUUAGCACCCGGUGGAGCAUACGGUGCUCUUGAUACAUUUGAACUACCAGCAAUACCUGACCAGAAAAAGGCUGCUUAUCUUGAUACGACUUAUUUAUGGCAGGCAAGUCAUUUAGGCGAUAGUAUUCGACGACGUCCAUUACCAUCAAUGAUUGGCGAAAAUUUAAAAUCAGCUUUUGAUGAACGUUCAAUAUUUCCAAAAUAUAUUUUGGAUUAUGAAGCGAAACAAAAACAAUUAUUUGAAUCAGGAAAUCAACAACAAAUUACAAAUAUGACAUCAAUAAGUGGAAUUAAUACAAAUUCUCAACCACUUGUACGUCAAACAGGUGACGCCGCAUUAAAAUUUAAACGGCAAAGUUCAUCAUCAACUCUUCUCAGUGAUCAAAAAGCCCAGUGA